CAGAUUAAGAAUAUUUUGUAUCAAAUUAUAUUUCUUUACACUUUUUGUGAUCAAGAAUCUUAAUAGAAGAGAGAUGUGGAUAUUUGGAUUAAAUGGCAACUUUGGAUUUUCAGCUCGUUCCACUGCAGAGCAAGUUACAAAAGGUGUUGAUGGAACUGGCCUUGUUGCCAUUGUUACAGGAGCAACAAAUGGAAUUGGUAAAGAGACAACGCGUGUUCUUGCCUUGCGGGGUGUUCAUGUCAUCUUGGGAGUGAGAAAUGUUAAAGCCGGUGAAAAGGUUAAAGAAGAGAUGCUUCAGAAACAUCCUGGUUCUGAAAUUGAUGUCAUGGAGAUAGAUCUCAGUUCACAAGCAUCGAUAAGAAAAUUUGCUGCUGAAUUUAUAGCCACCGGUCUUCCCCUGAACAUCCUCAUAAACAACGCGGGGAUGAUGUCACCUCCAUUCACACUCUCCAAGGACAACAUUGAACAACAAUUUGCUGUUAACCAUCUGGGACCAUUUCUUCUGACAAAUCUUUUGCUGGACACUAUGAAAAAAACAGCACGCGACUGUGGUAAAGAAGGAAGGGUUGUCAACGUGGCAUCAGAGCUUCACCGGUAUGGUUACAAAGAAGGGAUUAUUUUUGACAAAAUCAAUGACAAAACCAGUUACAAGCCCGUUAUUGCAUAUGGACAGUCCAAACUCUGCAACAUAUUACACUGUGUUGAGCUUACCAGGCGCCUAAAGGAGGAAGGAGCAAAUGUUACUGCAAAUUCACUUCAUCCUGGAGUCAUCGCAACUAACAUCUCACAAAACAGCAGCCUUCUUGCUUGUAAGUACUCGACCUCUAAACUUUAUUGGAAUCUACUCCCUCCGUCCCUAAAUACAUGUUGUGCAAAUAUCUUCAUGAAAAACGUCCCGCAGGGUGCUGCAACUACCUGCUAUGUAGCACUGAGUCCAAAAGUGAAUGGUCUAAGCGGCGAAUAUUUCAUGGACAGCAACAAAGCUAAAGCUAGUUCAAUGGCUAGAGAUCCGGAACUGGCCAAGAAACUGUGGGAGUUCAGCUUGACAUUCACAGAGAAGAAUUGAUCUUUUGUCCAUUGUGUGCAGAG